GCGUAAAAUUGGUGGCGCCAAAGAAAGAGUCGCAUUUGUGUUUACGAACCUACAUUAAUCGUGGUCACUGUCGCCCCUCUAUAACGCGUCGCAAGUGCACCAAACAAACCACCUACGACCCGCCCAGGAUCCUUGUAGUCAUGGAGACGACACCAAAAGCAAAGUUUGCCGACAUUCAAUCUGUACCGGACACAAAGAUUUUCUCUGUCGAGUUCCCAGGACAUGUGCAGAAUCUCGACAAAGUCAAGGAAGCCCUAGGAGGAGAUCAGGCCAUAGCGAAUGCAUAUCAUGGAGGGGCACCACUGGACCUUCGGUACAGAAUCAAGGAUCCAUUUUCAAUACCCAUUCAAGGGGAGACCAUCUCGACCCCAAACUUGCUCAUGAAGGCCACCAAAAGAUACAGAGUCAAGCGCCCCCUAGGAACACAACGAUCUCUUCCGCCAUAUCGUGCGCCAACAGAAGCGGACGAACCGUACGAUGAAGACGAAGAACCAGAGUAUCGAUUUGAGAUGGUUGGCGCGAUCCCAAAGACAGUGAGGUUUGGCGGUUUGGCGGAUUAUCAGCAUAUCGUGGAUCCUCGAGACGAACUUGUGCAGAUCAAAUCGGACCUGCAGAAUAUGGAAUAUGAGCAACUCAUUUCCAUCAAGGUUGAUAACACCCAUCCAACCGAGGACCUUUCAACCCUGCAACUGCUACCGCCACCUGCGGUCGCGAAGGCACCAGUUCCCAUGCCAUUCAAAUACAAAGCCAGGGGUCGCGACGAUGAACCAAAAAAUCCACCAGGAAGGCAAUCAAAACGAAAGGCACGUCCGGGCGAACUGGCAACAACUGUCGACUUCCUUAGUGGAAACAGUGAUGAUGAUGAACCUCCAAAAUAAAAGACUUUUGCUUCGAAUGCAG